UUGCUCUUAUCCUCUCAAGAGUGGCAGUUUACCCUUUAGCCGGCGGAGUCUCUCUCUCUCUCUCUCUCUCUCUCUCAUAUUUCAGUUGACCUCUGAAGUUGAUCGAGAAUGGCGAGGGUUCUGAGGAGGGAAAUGGGAAGAGGGCUAGCAGCUGCGACGAGGAGCUUCUCAUCAUCUUGUGAGGUGGAGAAAUUGGGGAGUGAGGGAAAGCCAAUCAAUCUCUUCUCUGCCAUCAACCAGGCUCUGCAUAUAGCUCUCGAAACAGACCCCCGUGCUUAUGUCUUUGGAGAGGACGUGGGCUUUGGUGGUGUCUUCCGCUGCACGACUGGAUUAGUUGAUCGAUUUGGUCGAAAUAGAGUAUUCAACACCCCGCUAUGUGAACAGGGAAUUGCUGGAUUUGCUAUAGGAUUGGCGGCAAUGGGAAAUCGAGCUAUAGCUGAAAUCCAAUUUGCAGACUACAUCUUUCCUGCCUUUGACCAGAUUGUUAAUGAAGCAGCUAAGUUCAGAUACCGAAGUGGUAAUGAAUUCAACUGUGGAGGUUUGACUAUAAGAAGCCCGUAUGGAGCAGUCGGCCAUGGCGGCCAUUAUCAUUCACAAUCACCGGAGGCUUUCUUCUGUCAUGUUCCUGGUCUUAAGGUUGUGAUACCUCGAAGCCCGAGGCAAGCAAAGGGCCUUUUACUAUCCAGCAUUCGUGAUCCAAAUCCGGUCGUGUUUUUUGAACCCAAGUGGCUCUACAGAUUGGCUGUCGAAGAAGUUCCCGAGCAUGACUAUAUGUUGCCUCUCUCUGAGGCAGAGGUGAUUCGUCAAGGUAGUGAUAUAACACUUGUUGGUUGGGGAGCUCAAAUUUCAGUUUUAGAACAAGCUUCCGAUGAUGCUGCAAAGGAUGGAAUAUCUUGCGAACUUAUUGAUCUGAGAACGUUGAUUCCUUGGGAUAAGGAGACAGUGGAAGCUUCUGUCAGAAAAACUGGAAGACUACUUGUCAGCCAUGAAGCUCCUGUGACAGGAGGUUUUGGUGCUGAGAUAUCUUCUACUAUUGCAGAACGCUGCUUCCUCAGACUGGAAGCUCCUAUAGCUAGAGUGUGUGGCCUGGACACUCCCUUCCCUCUUGUUUAUGAGCCCUUCUAUAUGCCAACAAAGAAUAAGAUUCUGGAUGCAAUCAAAGAAACUGUGAGUUAUUAAGCCGAAGUAGUUUCCAGACCAUUUACAUGGGAUCAUUUUAAUCACGGAGUUUAUAAAAAUGCACUCCUACAUUCCCAUCUGCGGUUAAGAGUGUGCAGCUGCAAUUAAUUUUUUUGGGGAGAUUUACAUAUCUACCCAUCCAAUUUCUAUGUAUUAGCAUAUCAAUCAUCAAAAUUUCAAUUUUUGCCUAUAUACCACUCUAUAUUGAAAUCGUAGGAAUUAGGUGGUUUGCACGCAAAAAUUAAAAUUUAGGUGAAUUAAUAUGUUAAUACAUAGAAAUUGGGCGGUAGGUAUGUAAAGGCCUCUUUUUUUUAUUGUUAAAUGUAAAGCAUGAUUUCAAAGUGAUUAUUGAACUAUUGAGAACAUGCAUUAAAA